GAAGAAGGCGGUCAGUCGUAGCGAGGAGCCAAUGGUUUAAGGGGGAAUUUGGCGGCGAAGCGCGGGACUUGAGUGGGUUAUGGCGGUUUUGGGAGUGAAGGGAAAUAACGGCAGGUGAAUGCUUAAAUAACCUUUGGAAAAAGUGCUGUUGCUAAAAAGAUGGAUUCCUCACUGGGCUUCUUGGAUGGCAGAGGGAAAGCCUUUCCCCUGUGUCAUAGUUUGGAAAAUGGCAAGAGGUCAAGGGCAGCUGUGCUUGGAGUUAAGAGGAAAUUAAAUAAUUCAUUUGACCUCAGCAAAACAUUUCCACGAAUGGCAAGACCUGCCCUCCAGAAGAUAGUUGCAGGAACAUACUGGAAUUUAGAGUCAUUUACAGGUGAUUCUCUGAACUCCUACAGUUAUUCUCCUGUGGCUUCUCAAAAUCUUCUCUUGCCAAAUCUUAGUGGUUCCUUCUCUUGCCCUGAGUCGGCCUCAAAUGUAUCAAGCAACUUUUGGAAUCUUUUAGGAGGUGACAACAAUUCAACUUUCCCCACUACAGUACGGAAUCCUAACAAAGCCAUACUUACAAUAGACUGCUUGACUACAGAGAUACUGGUGGCCAAUGACAUGGCUUGUAAGCUGCUAUGUUAUAGUAGCAAAGAACUGAUUGGUCAGAAAUUAUCUUCAUUCAUAUCAAAUUCCAUUCAUGGGCUGGAAGAAGCCCUGUACGAAGAUCAUCCAGAAGUUGAUGGACAAGUUGUAACUGUCUCUGGAGAAGUGAUUGAUGUUAUUGGCAAGGGUGGGAUACAGAUACCAGUGUCAUUCUGGAUGAAGCACAUGGCUGGUGAAGAGAGAGAGUGUUGUGUUGUGGUGAUGGAACCUGUGGAGCGACUUACUGCUUCUGUCACAUUUGCAGACACUGGCAGAAUUUUAUCAUGUGACAAACCGUUUGCCUAUUUGCAUGGUUAUGCAUCUGAAGAGGAGAUUGUUGGUCUUUCAAUAACUGAUGUCAUACCUUCAGUAAAGAUACCCUCAUCGUGUAAGAAGAUACCAAAGAAUUUGAAAAUUCAGCGAGCUGUUGGCAGAGCAAAAGAUGGCAACACUUUUCCUCUCAGUAUUAAACUCAGUCUUAAAGUCCCAGAGAAACAUGGCACUGACAUUCAGAAUUGUAUUCAGGUAGCAGCAGGAUCUCAGGAUGAUGUGAAUCAAGCAAUCAAAGACCAAGAGACCGUUUUCACUGGAGUUUUGUGGGUUUUUACUACGAUCAGUGGACUGAUCACUCUUCUGCCAGAUGGAGCAAUCCAUAGUUUGAACAAUAACUUUGCUCUUAUGUUGUUUGGCUAUAAGAAAGCACAGUUGUUGGGCAAGAACAUUACCUUUUUAAUUCCUGGUUUCUAUGACUACAUGGACCCAAUAGAUGAUGGCUUUCUACCAUUACCUCCUCUGGAAGAUGAAGUAGAAGUGUGUUGUAAUGGUGAGGCAAGUGAAAGAGCAUGCCAUAAUUACACAGUGCUAUCUGACAAUUUGCCAGAAGACCAUGAUGGUGCAAAUGGCAUAAACCUGCUUGGUAAUGACAUCAAGAUGUCUAAUAAUCCCCUUGUAGUAUCUGGCACAAUGAGAAAAGAUCCAAGCCAGUUUGCUCCUGGAAAUCAAGCUCUUCUAAAACCAGAAAAGCACUGUGAUACAGGACCAAGUGUCCCAAUAUUUACUGGAAUCACUUCAAGGCAAAAUAGUGAUGGUAGCCUUUCUUCCACCAUGUCUUCUCCAAAAGUCACCUCGACUCUUUUCAAAAGGCCAGAGAGUGAUGACACAAAUGAAAUGAUUAUCCUGACUAACCAGCUUCAACCCGUAAAAGAAAACAGCAUUCUCUUGUCAUCAUCUAUUAUGGCAGCUGGUUCAAAAGGUACAGACAGAUGUGCAUCUCAAAGUGAAGGAGUAAAUAGUGAGGAGACCAAGGAACAUUUGGUUUCAAGGGACUUGACUGUGCCACUGUGCUCUGUUGCUGUGUGUCAACAUUGUCCAGUCUCUGAGGCUUUUACAGUAUCCUGUCAUGAAGGAGUGGGUACACAUCCAAGUUCUUCUGUUCUAAACCCACUUCUGUCAAUAUGCAGUCGCCAAACCAGUAUGUCAGGAGAUAAAUCACUCUUUUCAAAUCAAUAUGGCAAUUUUGUUCAACAGUAUGUCAAUAUCUGCGAUUCCCCAGGGACUCCAACCCUGGAUGAAAAGUUACCUGGCGGUGCGACAUAUACAUGCAGAAUUCUCCUGAAACCUGAAGAAGAUAAAAUCAUGCAUCGUAAUUGUCCUCCAAGUAAAUGUAGUGGAGUAGACAUAACUAAUGAUGAAACUUCAUGGCAACAGGUCUUCUAUAUACCUCAUAUGCCUUCUGAAAACCACAAUGAGCAACAUAUUGGCUACGAAGAAAGCCAUGUAGCAAUUACUUCUGCCGGGUUAAAUGCUCAGAUAAACCCAUCUGGAAGGAAACAUGAGCAAUGCGGCACAAAGAUUGCAAACCAGCCAGAGGUUGAUGUCAACCCGAUUCUUUAUGGUCUUAAAGACCUAGAGCUCAGCAGCGACUCUGAAGUUAUUUCUGUAGAUCAGUCUGGCACUUCUUUCACUACCUCAGAACUUCUCAGGACUCCAUCACCUUAUAUAAUUGAUUCAGAUCUUGAAUCAGAACCUGAACAAAACAAAGUGGCUUUUCUGAAGGAAAUUGAUACAUCAUGCAAUCACCAAAGUAAAAAAUUAACUAGGCAAUGCACGGGAGCAUCAGAUCAACUUUCUGCUUGUUCAAGGAUGACUGGUAUUCUGCCUGAAGGAUCAAUUUACAGUCAGGGGCACCCCUGUUAUCGUGAAAUAAGUCCCAGCAAACUGGCAAUACAGCACAGUCCUGGUCUGGAAUUGAUGGGAAGUAAGGAUGAAAUAGAGGGGCAUGCAACAUCAACACCAAAAUCCCAGAGCUAUUGGAACGGAAAGGCUUCCUUGAGGCCUAAUUAUGAAAUUAAUGAAGGAAACUUUAGUGGAAAUUGCUAUCACAGGGAUGGUUCCAGACUGUGUAUUGUGUUUCAGGUCAAACGUCUACAGUUGCAAGACGGAGGAAAUUUGUAUUGUGUGUGGGUAAUGCGGGAUCAUACACAGAGUCGGAGAGAGGCUGCACUGAAGAAUCUUUUGAUGUCCACUCUGAAUAGCACCCCUCUAUCUGCAGAGCAUUCUUUUAGCCUGGGAGAGGUUAUAAUGGAGACUGCUAAGUCGCAUGGUUUGAAGUAUUCAGAAGAUGUUGAGACAAUGGAAGCUUGUGAAGGAGAAUACUCUGAGUACUAUAUCACUGUCAGCCCACUGGGGAAGGGAGCCUUUGGCUUUGUGUGGACGGCACGUCAAAAAGUUAGCAAAAAAGAGGUUGUGGUGAAGUUUAUUCGAAAGGACAAGAUUGUUGAGGACUGCUGGGUUGAUGAUGUGGACCUAGGUAGAGUGAGUCAGGAAAUAGCAAUUCUAGCAAGACUCAACCAUCCCAACAUAAUUAAGGUACUUGAUGUGUUUGAGAACCUGAAUUUUUUUCAACUAGUGAUGGAAAAACAUGGAACUGGUCUGGACCUCUUUGAAUUCAUUGAGCAGCAGCCAGAUCUGGAUGAACCCUUAUCCAGCUUCAUAUUCAGACAGAUCGUGGCUGCCGUGGAUUACCUACACAGUAAGUGCAUUUUGCAUCGGGAUAUCAAGGAUGAGAAUGUCAUUAUUGAUGAGAAUUUCACCAUUAAGCUUAUAGACUUUGGCUCAGCUGUGAAUUUGGAGCCUGGGAAAGUUUUUCGUACGUUUUAUGGAACAAUUGAAUACUGCUCUCCGGAGGUGCUGAUGGGAAACCCGUAUUCUGGAUCUGAGUUGGAGAUGUGGUCCCUGGGAGUGACGUUGUAUACCCUGGUCUUCGCAGAGAAUCCAUUUAGUGAUGUGGAAGAGACAGUGGCAGCUGUGCUAAGACCACCUUUCCAAGCCUCCAAUGAUUUUAUGAACUUGGUGUCAGCUAUGUUGCAGCCUGAUCCUUGCCUCCGUCUAACUUUGGAAGAACUAAUGAAGAACCCCUGGGUGACUCAGCCAGUCAAUCUGUCUCUCUACACCUGGGAGGAAGUGUAUUCCGCCAAAGAAAGACCUACAAGCUGCUGUGCUAUGGCUGGAGGUGACCACAGGUCAUUCAUUCCCCCUCUGAAUGUUGCUAGUGCUGAGAAUGAAGUGAAAGAUGACAAGUUUUGCUCUGCAGAUCAUGUCCAUGCUGAGUACUUGCACUGUGGUCUUUACCAAGAUGCUGAGAACACAGCACCUGAAACACUGCCAUCUUCAGCAGAGUUGCAGUCCAACUUUAUGGAGUAGCCAGGACUGAGAAGAAAUUCUUCGACACCAAACCAGGACAUGGGUGGCUGCAUUUGCAACUCAGUUUUAACAUUAUAUUUUUAAGAUCUGCAGUGUGUACUUUUAAAUAUAUUGUUAGAAACAGUAGGGUUUCCAUUAUUCCUGUGAAAAGAGUAAUUGCUGGAGAAAGUAGGAUCUAAUGUGACUAAUAUAAUUUUCAAAACUUAAACGUAUUUAACUAUUGUUUUGCGGCAGCCAUCCUAGACAGCUGUGUGAGCUGAAAUAGAGUAAUGAGGUGUGGUGUCUAGAAUUUUGUCAAAUCCUAUUUAUAUUAUGCACUUUGUCUAAAAAUUGUAACUUUUCUAUCCUUGGGACCUGAGGCAGUUAUAGAACAACCAUGAUCUACUCCAUCCAACACAGACCAGAUGGUACAAAUCCCUGUUAAAUUUGGGGGCCUUAAAGUUAUUUUUAAAAAUACAACAGAUGGUGAAUAUGAAGAGACUAUUUUAAACCUUAAAGGGUGCAACUCUCUCUGGCUGUGGAUUGUGCAUCAAUGGACCUUUUCCUUGCUGGCAAUGUGAAUCAUUUGAUUAAUAUUUUAAAAUGCUUGUUAAAAUAAUGGCAAUAAAUUCUAAUAUCAUAGUAUUGUACUUUUCAGAAUUUAAUGCCAUUCUUGCUAACCACUUUCUCCUUGACAUUCCCUCUGCACACUGUUGUAAAUUUGCUAUAGUUGAACUGUUUCCUUGAUCAGAUGUGACAGAGUAUACACAAGGAUUUAGUCUUUAUUGUAACAUACAAUACUUCAUCAUACUUUUCUUUCCAGAUGAAUAGUAUAUUUAAUCGCACUUGGCUCACAUAGCACUCUUUUUUUGUUGUUCGUUUCAAUAUAACAAAAAGCUGAUGUGAACAUAUGUAUAUGUACACAGCUCUUUUAAUAAUUUUGUUACAAUGGAAAAAUUAUCCUUCUGGCUGUCUUUUCACCAUCAAGAUCCUCUGGUUGUUAUGUAUUUAUUUUAUGGAAACAAUACAUGCCGUAAGUACCUAGGUAUUUGAAAAUUUAGAAAUGUAACCCAGCACUAGUGGUGGACAUGAUAACAGACACUGUGAUCGUACAUUUAAAUCUUAAUCUUUGUUUUGUACAAGCAUGACCGUUUUUGGUUCAUCUGACCACUUGAGCCUUGGAGUGGACCAGCUCCUAUGCACCUUGUUUCUCCCUUUUUGGAGCUGGCUGCUGGUCCACCAUGAUUUGUACCAGCCACUUUGGAAAUGUUCUUAAAUGCAACUAAUUUCAAAUGGAAAAAGUGAAAGAAAUAAUGAAUCUACCACCAUGUGGGGUUGCCACACACUUCUGUCACUACUGGUCAUCUGUUACACCAUCUUUCUUAAAAGGUGUGCAAAGUUGAGCUACAACUUCAAAUUCCAUCUUGUCUAGUUUUCACCAUUAUCCUAACUUUGCCAAACAUACUGCUACUAGUAACAUAACAUCAAAAGUACAUAAAUUGUAAUAUUCUACAUUGUUUUGAAAGGUUCAGGUAUUUAAACUGUAUCUCUGUCCUUAAAUUACAUGUGUUUGUAUUUAGUGUUUUUUUAAAAAAAUUGUAAUGAUUUGCAGUUGCAUCUGCUUUUUACUCAUUUGUCAGUUGAGGUCAUCUGUGAAAGCACCAGUCUGAUUUAACCAUAUUUCAGUCUCUGUUUCAGCACGAUUGGAGAUUAAUCCUAUUUCAGCCAAAUGAGUGAGUUUGUGCCACAGUUAUUGAAUGAAAUGCUUGCACUGAUGUAGAGAGUUCACAAUUACAGAACUGUAGUUGCACUUCAGUAAAAAUGGGCAGUUCUUGUACUUUAAAUUUCUGCAGCUAUUUAUGCAGUUGGUGUAAUAUUAGUAUUGACAAAGGGUUAUCUUACAGAAACCAGAGAACUAGAAUAACUGGAUCGUUUUCAGCUUGACCAACUCUAGCUGGUGGGUGACACAGAAAUUUGUAUUCAGAUUGCUUAAUUGAAAUGAAAAUGGGGAAAUUUCUUCUGGGGUAAUGAACAUUUGAAAUACUUCACCCUGGAGAGUUGGAAGUCAUUCAACCUAUUCAAGAGUAAGAGUUGUUCUGGUCUGAUGGUAAAUGGGAUCAAUCAGGAAAAUGUUAAGGGUAGGGACAAUUGGCAGGAUGUGCUCCAGGGCCUAUGCUUAUCAAAGGUAAGUCUUUGUAUAAAAGAGUUCAACCACCUCUGAUACAUCCUUCUGUAUUGUAUUAAACCAAUUUAUUUUUAUUGUAAUAUUGGUUUAUUUCCACUGUUAGCCAUAUUAAAAAUAAACACAAUUUUAUUCUGA